CCAUGAGCUUGCAAGCAUGUGUGUAGCAGUAAAUCUGCACAAGAAAAAGAUUCAAGAACAGUUUAGAUUUCAGAAAAAGAAGUGAUCGAUCGAUUGAUUGAUUCUUGCACAUGAGCAUGGCGAGCAGUGGCGGCUACUACUCCUACUACAACGGCCACCAGCCGGCGCCGUACUACUACGGCUACGCGCAGCCGGCGAGGGUCGCCGGCGGCGGCGGCGUCGGCGGGUCGCAGCGGCCGUCGGCGCACGCGCUCCUCCUCGUCGCGACGCUGCUGCUCGUCGCCGUGACCACGCUGUACGCGCGGUGCGAGGAGGCGGUGGAGAGCCUGCUCGACCAGCUCCGCGUCCUCCUCAUCCUCUCCCCGCUGCUGCUCAUCGUCGCCGUGCAGGUAUGGGCCGCGAGCGCCGCCGCCGCCGCCGCCGACCGCCGUGGCGCCGGCGGAGGCCUCAUGUACCUCCUCGCGCAGCUGAUGGGCAUGGGCGACGGCGGCGGCUCGCCGUACGGCCGUUGGCACGGCGGCGGCGGCGGCGCGUCGUCGUCGCCGUGGGGCGUGGCGCUGGUGCUGGUGCUGGUGCUGUUCUUGGUGUCGUACCAGUCGUCGUUCCAGAGCUGGUGGUUCCCGCUGCUCAGCCGCCGAUGAGAAUUGCAAAAGCUCGUGCAUGUAAAACCAUGGUGAAAAUAUAGCAGAGGCUUCUUGGUUAAUCAGAGCUAAGCUCGGUGACGAUCGAGCUAUAUAUAAUUGAGCACAAGGGCGGAGCUAGAGCGAGAUGGAGGGAUGCCACUUGUUUAAUUUACUCUGUUUUAUAUUAAGUUUAAGCUAAUACGGGUAUUUAAAUUUGUAUUGAGAGAUGUGCACACAUGAUGAAAAUAGGUUAGGUAUAACUAUAUUUUUUCUUGACCGGGUUCCUGGGUACCCCCCUCAAUACUCUAGCUCGAGCAGAUGGCAUUUGGGUGCCGUGUAAUUAUGCUUGUCCGAUCUCCAAUCAUAGUAACUAAAUCCAAUUUACCUGUGACUUUCGAGCGAAUUUCCGGUAUUGAUAUAUAUACUCUUACAUAUUUACCUGAAGGGGUUUCUCCUAUUUUUGGAGAGGUAUCAAAA